AUGCCUGGAGAUGCAGCAAAAGAUGCAGCGAGGCUACCUGAGGAAUUCCAGCCGAAGCAAAGAAGCCCAGGAGUGACUGGAUGCGAGCAUGAGAUGCAGCAAGCUGUUAAGAAGGCAAAUGGGUCUUGCAACGAAUCAGACAGCGAUGAUUCAGUGCCCGAACUUGAGGAGCCUGUGGCCCCGGUUCCAAUAGCUGGACAAGAACAGUCGCAGUUGGCCCAAGCAGUUGGGAUUGGCGAUGAGCCUGUCAGCAAAGCAAAGCAGAGCCGUAGUGAAAAGAAGGCACGAAAGGCUAUGUCCAAGUUGGGGCUGCGUCAAGUACACGGUGUGACUAGGAUAACAAUCAGAAAGUCUAAAAACAUCCUCUUUGUUAUAACGAAGCCAGACGUUUUUAAGAGUCCGGUGUCCGACAUCUACAUAGUCUUUGGAGAAGCAAAGAUCGAGGAUCUGUCCCAGCAGGCUCACAAGGCAGCGGCUGAGAAGUUUAAAGUCCCCAUUGAGCAUGCUACACUGGUCCCUGAGACAACUCCCACUCUCACAAUUAAGGAGGAAAGUGAGGAAGAGGAGUUGGAUGAAACGGGACUCGAAGCAAGAGACAUAGAGUUAGUGAUGGCCCAAGCAAACGUCUCGAGGGGAAAAGCUGUGCGCGCACUCAGACACAACAAGAACGAUAUUGUCAAUGCUAUAAUGGAAUUAACAAUGUAAACUGCAAAAAGAAGAUCUAUUUCUAUAUAUAAUCACUGGAUAUUAUCGACAUUAUAAACUAUAACCAAACUGUAAAUCAUACAAGUUUGCAUCUGUUAUAUCACUAAUAAACUCGGCUAUAGAAACCAAA